GAUAGACCGCAUUUGAGUGGACUUUAUAAUAUUGACUAGAAUUUUUCGAAGUUCAGUUAGUCGCAAAGCGCUGCGUGGAGAACUCUCACGCCGAUUCUAUAUAUAACACUGUUGUUAAAUAAGUUCUUAGUAACACAAUGUUUAGCUCAUCCGUUGCCGGUGUCAGACUGACGCUCGUUGCGUCAAAAAAUAAAUUUCUUUUGUCGGAAAUCUCAAAACGUGCCGCCCAUAAGCUAAGUACCGAGGACAUUAUCAAACGCGAGGAAAAGUAUGGUGCUCAUAACUACCACCCUAUCCCUGCGGCCAUAUGCAAAGGUGAAGGUGUUCACGUGUGGGAUGUUGAAGGAAAACAUUAUUUUGAUUUCCUAAGCGCCUACUCGGCCGUGAAUCAAGGUCACUGUCAUCCAAAAAUUGUUGACGCUUUGGUACAACAAGCAAAAACCUUGCCACUAAUAUCCAGAGCAUUCUACAAUGACGUUCUUGGAGAGUUUGAGGAACUCGCCUGCAAAAUGUUUGGAUAUGAUAAAAUGCUUGCCAUGAAUUCAGGCGUAGAAGCCGCGGAAACUGCAUGCAAAUUGGCAAGAAAAUGGGCCUACAUGGUCAAAAAGGUUCCAGAUAACCAAGCUAAAAUUAUUUUCGCUGACGGAAAUUUCUGGGGUAGAACGUUGGCCGCUAUAUCAGCUUCAGAUGACCCAGAGAGGUACGAAGGAUUUGGGCCGUUCAUGCCCGGAUUCGAGCGUAUUCCUUACAAUAAUAUUGGAGCACUUGAGAAAGCUCUACAGGAUCCUCACGUGUGUGCAUUCAUGGUGGAACCAAUUCAGGGAGAAGCUGGUAUAUAUGUACCAGAUGAAGGGUACCUUAAGAAAGUAAGAGAACUUUGUACAAAGAACAAUGUUCUGUUCAUUGCUGACGAAAUUCAAACAGGUCUUUGUCGAACAGGCAAAAUGCUGGCAUGCGAUUACGAAAAUGUUAGACCAGACAUCCUGAUUUUAGGCAAAGCUCUAUCUGGAGGAUUAUAUCCCGUAUCAGCAGCAUUAGCUGACGAUAAAAUUAUGUUAUGCAUCAGACCAGGUGAACAUGGUUCUACUUAUGGUGGCAAUCCCUUGGCGGCACGUGUUGGUAUCGCUUCUCUGAAUGUUCUGGUUGAGGAAAAAUUAGCUGACAAUGCCGCUAAAAUGGGUGAACUUCUUAGAUCCGAAUUGAGGAAGUUGCCAAGCGAUAUUAUUUCCACAGUACGAGGAAAAGGACUGCUAAAUGCUAUUGUUGUCACAUCGAAAUUCGAUGCUUGGGAUAUUUGCUUAAGACUAAAGGACAAUGGGUUGCUGGCCAAGCCCACUCAUGGAGAUAUCAUUCGCCUUGGUCCGCCGCUAGUUAUAAAUAAGGAACAGAUCCUGGAAUGCGUUGAAAUUAUCAAAAAGACAAUUAACAGCUUGAAAUAAAUCAAUCCGUAAUUAGACUGGUUAAAUAAAACUUUAAUAAAUAAGAUAUCUACCUGAA